AUGUUGCGCCCAACCUUCAUCGUCUCUUGCCUUGCUGCUGUUGCGGCAGCACAUGGUGACCAUGAUCAGAAGGUCGUCGCUGGUCCUCAUCAAGGAUUGUGGUACAACACGUUGCCGGGGGAUGGAGGCACUCAGGCAGAUUCCGUCUUCUCUGGCAUCUCGACCUUUGGCCGUCUCCCAUACCUACCAUGUCUAGCCAGCAAAGAUAUCAACUACGACAUAGCUUUUAUUGGCGCCCCCUUCGACACCGGCACUUCGUAUAGACCUGGCGCUCGCUUCGGUCCAUCGGGAAUCCGUCAAGGGUCUCGUCGACUAAACCUCUACGGCGGCUACAACGUGCCCCUAGCCACCAACCCCUUUAACAGCUGGGCCACCAUAAUCGACUGCGGCGACAUCCCCGUGACCUCAUAUGACAACACCUUCGCCCUCUCGCAAAUCGAACAAGGCCACCACUCCAUCCUUUCCCGCAAACCCACCACCGAUUCUGCUUUGCCAGGUCCUUCCCUCCAGGGUAAAACCCUCCCACGCGUGAUCACCUUGGGAGGCGACCACACCAUCACGCUCCCCCUUUUACGGUCCAUCAACCGGUCCUACGGCCCCGUUUCGGUCAUCCACUUCGACAGCCACCUCGACAGCUGGCGACCCAAAGUCUUUGGAGGGUCUCCUUCGGAAGUCGCGUCGGUGAAUCAUGGGACUUAUUUCUACCAUGCGGCGCAGGAGGGCUUGUUGAGAAAUGAUAGUAAUAUCCAUGCGGGGAUCAGGACGACACUCAGUGGCCCGAGCGAUUAUGAGAAUGACGGGUAUUGCGGGUUUGAGAUUGUGGAGGCGAGGGAGAUUGAUACGAUUGGGACGGAGGGAAUCAUCAAGAAGAUUAGGGAGAGGGUGGGUACGGAGAAGCCGGUUUAUUUGAGCUUGGAUAUCGACACGUUGGAUCCUGCUUUUGCCCCAGCUACAGGUACCCCUGAGACUGGUGGGUGGUCAACUCGAGAGCUUAGGACGAUUUUGAGAGGGCUGGAGGGAAUCAAUAUCAUUGCUGCUGAUAUUGUUGAGGUUGCACCUGCCUACGAUACCAACGCCGAGCAUACGACCAUGGCGGCAGCCGAUGCGUUGUAUGAAAUCAUGAGUAUCAUGGUCAAGAGAGGACCGCUCAGCGUAACCGGUGCGCCGCACGAUUUUUAAAGUGUUGGCAGAUGAUGGACAACCGAACACGAACAAAUCGCCGACCAACGCAUCGUGAAGUGUGGUUCUGCGCUUGGAGAUGGUGAAAUCAGGGGAUGUGGUGAAAGUAACGUUAGGCACCGACAACCUUCCAAUGUCAUAUAGAGAGAGCUUCUAUGCAUGGAUCCCAGUUAUUCAUUCAAUGCUGAUAUAUGAUGAUUUUUCCAAUU